GUUAGAAGCAAUCUUCCCAGCUCUGUCGUGCUGGGUUUUAGCAAUAAGCUUUGGCACUUACUCAGUGCAAGCUUCUUGAUGCCAAAGGUGAUAGUGUUUUAGUUGCUGAUCCAAUAUUCAACUCUAGUUCCAGGGGACUUAGGUAAUCAGUUGGAAGCAAAGUUAGAUAAGCCGUCAGUAGUACACUAUCUCUGCUCUAAGAAGACAGACAGUUAUUUUACACUCUGGCUGAAUUUAGAAUUGCUUCUGCCUGUCAUCAUUGACUGCUGGAUUGAUAAUAUCAGGCUGGUAUAUAAUCGAACAAGUAAGAUUACAGAACCACCAGAUGGAGUGGAUAUCAGAGUCCCAGGUUUUGGGCAGACAUUUUCCUUGGAAUUCCUUGACCCAAGUAAAAGGAGCGUUGGCAGUUACUUUUAUAUGCUGGUGCAGAGUUUAGUAGACUGGGGCUACAAACGUGAUGAAGAUGUAAGAGGAGCACCUUAUGACUGGCGAAAGGCACCAAAUGAGAAUGGAGACUAUUUUGUGGCCCUUCGCAAGAUGAUAGAGUUAAUGUAUGAGCAGUAUGGAAGUCCUGUUGUCUUAAUUGCCCACAGUAUGGGUAAUAUGUACACCCUCUACUUCCUCAACCAUCAGACUCAGGAUUGGAAAGACAAGUACAUAAAAGAUUAUGUGUCAUUAGGCGCUCCAUGGGGAGGAGUGGCUAAAACUCUCCGUGUGCUGGCUUCAG